AUGAGAAGGGCGGUUUCUAAAAUCCUACCUUCAUCCUCAAACUCGAAUGCAAACUCAAACUUAUACUCAAACGCAAACGCAAACUCAAACUCAAACUCAAACUCAAGCUCAAACUCAAACGUCAAAGGACCAACCACACAGCCCACAAGCACUUCGUCACUGAGACUAAGCUCGCUGGGGUUUGUCUCAACUUUCAAAUUGGACUUUCAUGCCAUAGAUGAAUUCUAUAUUCAAUUGGAUAACCCUCACAAAGUAUGGCUUCCAGGUGAUGAAGUAUCAGGUCAAAUAGUCUUGAUAUCGAAAAGGAACUUGGCCAACAUCGUUAUUACACUACUGUUGGCAGGCUUUGUCAAAAUAAAUGCAUCGUCGCAUUCAAAAUUAAGGCCGUUGAAACACACUUUAUUCGACCAUACAAUCCGAAUAUACGGUGGUGAAACAAGAUCAAAUUCCAACACUAAUGGCAGUGGAAAUGGCAAUAACAAUAGCAAUAGCAAUAGCAAUAGCAAUAACAGAAACAGUAACCCACAUGAGUUCUCCAAUGGGUUGUUCAAAGGAGAGCACGUUUUUCCCUUUAUUGUAAAACUACCGAACAAGAGAAUAUUUACCUCGAUUGACUUUGGCAAAGGCUCGAUAAACUAUACUUUGCUAGCCUCAAUUGGCAACUCAUCCUCAUACACUACUGCUCAAUCAGCAAUACCAACACCACCCAUGGACUCGUCACUAAACACUACAAAUAUUAGCACCAACAACAAUAGUAGCAACAGUGGCAGUAGCCGAGGUAAAUUUAUUCACAACCCUUCACAUACCUCAGAAAAACUAAUCAAUUUAGUUAACCCAGUUGAUGUUUCCGAAUUUCCACGACCAAAACCAAAAAGACUCAUAUUACGAGACCCGCGAAGUACAGCUGGUCGAGAUAAAAAGCUAAUAAGGACUCAGUCGUCUACAUCCACUAUAAAUACCAUCAACACAUUUGCCACUUUCUCGUCAAACAACUCCGACCAAAGCUCUGUCGAUGACCGAUUAUCUGAAGCAGAACACACUGCAGUUUCCAAUGUUGGGCCAACAUCUUCCAUCUCAGAUAAAGCUCCCGCAUCAAUCAAUAGCUUGUCACCUACCAUCAAAGUCAUUUUGGAUGUCCCACAACGAGGAUACUUAAGAGGGGAGUCAAUACCCUUGAAGAUCUCGAUAAACCAUUUAAAGAAAAUACAGGACCUCAAUGGAAUCAUAGUCACAUUUGUCCGUGUAUGUCGAUUAGAUAAUGGACCCGAUGGAGUCGUUGAGAGUUUCAGAAAAGAUUUACAGCAACUAGUUCUUCCAUUAUACGUAGAUCCCCAAACAUUCAAAUCAGAAAUUCAGUCAUCAUUAAGGGUCCCCGCCGAUGCAUUCCCCACUAUCACUGGUUGUCCACUAGUUUCUUUCCAAUAUUUUAUUGAGGUAUUGAUCAAUCUUUCCGGAAAAUCUGUGGUAGUUGAUCCUGAACUUUUGGCAGAACGGCCCCUGCCAGAAAGUGGUAAUAGCAGCAAACUACAGAACCAAGCUCCCACAUCGAUUGAUCAGUUUCAAUUUAAUUUUGGCUCUUCAAUUCAGAGCCAAAAAGAACGGUCUACUUUUAUCAAUACAGAUAGGUUUAAACGAUCGAAGAAGUUUUUGCAAAUUACCACGGAGGUGUGUAUUGGCACGCAUAGACUGAGAGCAACUAAUUAUGAUAUUGAUAACACAAGCGCAACUCACUCACUGGAUAGUAGUGUUCACAAUGCACUUGGAAUUGGUGCUGCACCUGGAACUCUGUCGAGAAGGUCGUCUUUGCUGCAUUCAAAUUCCAACCUGCGUUUGUCGCCGACUAGUUAUUCAAAUUCUCCUCAAAAUAGGCCAUCUCCACACCAUAUUUCUAAUGGAACUUUUCUUCAGACAUCAUCGAGCACUUCGUCCCCGUUGGCCACGACGACGCCUAUCUCGGCUUCAGCACCAAGUCCUGUUGCACCCUCGAAUAUGGGCCAGCCAUCGUUUCCACCUCAAUCCCUUCAUCACUUACAACACUCACAACAUCCAUCGUCUAAUCAGUCAUUACCUUUAUCCGAUUCAUCGUCUCACAGAUUUGCAUUCAAUGCAAUUCCUGAAAGUCAUGAGUUGCAUAACUUUGAUACUCCACCAUAUUCACACCCUACUGAGGAAGAAACGCCACAAUAUCCGGUACCUGGUUAUAAUUCAAUACAUACUCAAGGUACACCAAUUGGUGUCACCGAUAGCAGUGCCCAUGCAAUUGAUCAAAAUUAUUCGAGCGCUAUUAUUGCUGCAUCGGCUACUAAUAUCUCGCAUGAAUUUACAGAGAAUGCUAAUGUUACAUCGAAUUUGACGGAAAAAGAGCGGAUGCAACAACACGAAGAAAGUCUAUUACCGUCGGCUCCACCGGACUUGGACGAAGAACUUGACGCUUACGAGAGUAGAAACCAAAAUCAAGAACAAAUUCGACAUCAAAGAGAUAUGCACGAACAACGACAACGACAAGAACAACAACAACUGCUGCUGCUGCUGCAAAUUUUCAAUGAAAGUAGUAAUACUCAAGUACCCACAAGUCACCAGUUCAACUUUUUUUCUUAUAGGAAUAGUUCAAUAGACCCACCUACAUUAGAACAACGAAAUCAGACUGGGCAAAUAAGUACUAGUUCACCCUCAUUAUCCCAUCCUAAUGAUAGGCAACAGCUUGAGUACCCGCAACCUAAAAAUCAGAAUGAGACUCAACUGCAUGUAGCACAUGCACCGUCCUCGAGUCAAUUGCAACAAGUCUUGUUCAACGAUGAUGUGAUUGAUCAUGUACCUAAUUACUCAAAUGCUCAACACGAUGAAUUAGUAUCCUCGCAUUUUCAAAAUUCUCUUUCAUCUCAUAAUAACCACAACAACGAUCAAAGUUAUUCGCAUCAAUAG